AUGACGCUGCUGGAACCUCCGAUACAAGUCAAUUUAUACUUGAUGGAACAUGGAGCAAAUGCCAUACCAAAUCUACUGGCAUGUGGUAGAGCAUUAGGUAUUGUAGGGAUCAUGAAUGAUUGCUUUGUUGCGGGAUUUAUAAUGUUUAUUAUGGUUUUGGGUGGGAAACUGCUGUAUUUAUUGAGGUUUACUCCGCCGCCGCGUUCAACACACUUCACCGGAAAUAGAAAAGCUCAAAUGCUUCCUACGAAACCAACGCCUCCGCGCCGCUGCUUCACCGACGACAGCGUUUCGGAUCCCCAUUCCGACAUUCUUAGUAGAGAAUCGAUAAACAUAGUGUCUCUCCCCACAGACCUAUUGUUCGAAAUCCUCCUCCGUUUGCCGGCCGAUCAUCUCUACCAGAGAGCGAGGCUCGUCUGCCGGCGGUGGUGCCACAUUAUCCAUUCUCAUGCCUUCAUCAACGCGCAGAUGCACGGUGCUACCUAUGGACUCCUUCUAUCACCCCUGAAGGAUUAUACUCUGCCACUUUAUGUAACAGCCGACGCAGAUGGUGGAAUCCACACAUCUGAGCUAAAUCACAUCUCCAAAUUGAGAUUUCUUGCUACCUGCAAUGGUUUGGCUCUGGAGUAUGAUUUCAAAGAUUACCGCGUUCGCCUUGUGAAUCCAGCAACGAAGCAGUCACUCCUCGUCCCACGAUUGGCUAGAGGCGUAUCCUAUUUCGUGCUCGAGUAUGGUUUUGCAUACUCUGCAGCUUCCUCGGCGUAUAAAGUGAUUGCACGGUACACUGUUUGCCACUCGCCACAAACUGACUAUGGUCUUGACGUGCUCACUGUUGGAGUCAAUGAGUCCUGGAGGCACAUCGAGGUUCCCCACCAUCUCAGCCCAUUUUUCUUCAACAAGGUGUUAGUAAAAAAAUGGAAGUAG